AUGCAAAAGCAUACUAAUAAUUGUUUAAAUGCAUCUGAAUUAGCAAAAACUAUUAAAAAACCAAAAUUGCAAGAUUCAAAUUUAAUACAACAAAGUACUAUAGUAAGUUAUGUUAAUCAAAUAGAUCAUAAUAAAAUAACAAAUUUAGAUUAUAAAUUCACUAAAGCAAUUUAUGCUUCAGAUAAAUUAUCAAUAGGACUUUUAGAAAAUGUAUAUAAAGAUAUUAAAAAUAAUGUUAAACAAAAAAUAGAUAAUAUCCAAAAUCUUACUAUGGUCUCUGACACUUGUCAUACAGUAGAGUGGAUCACAAUUCAAAUUAUUACAAAAAUAGAAGAAGUAGAAAUUCAUAAAUUUUUAUCUAUUAUUACAAAUAUAGCAGCAAAUAUGAAAGCUACUUGGAAAAUAAUUAAAGAAAAAUAUUCUCAUAUUAUUUUUUUAGAUAAUAUCAAAACAGUUGUUAAAUAUUUUAAAGACUAUUAUAUUUCAAUAGCAAAAUUGCGACAUAUUCAAAGAAAAAAUUAUAGUAAAGAAAUUGCUUUUGUUUUUCCUGUACAAUUACAUUUAGAUGAAUUUUGGAAUAAUCUUAAAUUUAUUAUUAAAAUUCUUAAACCAAUUGUUGCUGCUUUAAAAGCAUUCAAAACUAAUAACUUAACAAUUUUAUCAACUUAUUCAUGUUUUAAUAUGAUCUUAACUAAAAUUCAAAAAAUUAGUUGUAGUUAUUUAGCAGAAAUUCAACAAAAAAUUCAAAAUCAUUGGAAUUAUAUCUACCAUUCUAUUAUAACUAUCAUAUUUUUAUUAAAUCCAAAUUAUCUUGAAGAAAGCAAGAAAAAUAAUCAUGAAUUAGAUUGUUUGUCAAUAUUUGCAAACUUUAUUUCUUUAAAGUAUCCUAAUGAAAAAGCAUCUAGAAUAUAUGCAAAUUUAUUAAAAUUUCAUAACAAACAAAUAUUAUAUAAUAAUGAGUUAAUUUGGAAUUCAGCUAUUUAUCUUAAUCCUUUGACUUGA